AUGAAGUCCUCUUACAACAUCGCCGGAGAGGAGAUUGCCCCGAACACUUCCAUGCUUGGAAGCCGAUUGUGGCAGAGAGUCCAAGUCUCAUCUCUUCCUGUGGACGAGAUGCGCGAUGUCAUUCUGCAAAAGUUUCCUCUUCUUGAGUCGCGCGUGCCAAUUAUCAUGGACGUCUAUGGGAGGGUAUGCGCGGCGUUCCACGGGAGUCUGGCGAUCAAGGGAUCUCAGGGUCGGACACCCGGCUUCCGUGACUUGAUCAAGCUCUGCAGUCGAUUGCAUCGGCGUUUGCAACGAUUGGGUGCAAAGACUGGCUUCGAACCUACACCGGAAAGUGUUGACGAUGAGAUCCUGUUGGACAUUGUGGAUAUCUUCCUCAAGUACCUUCCUGAAAAGUCUAUGCAAAGCUCUCUGGCAUCCGUUGUAUCUGAGGCACUUCAGAUUUCGCCUCAGCGUGCCCAAUUUUGCCUUAAUGAACGCACACCUACCUACACGGACAAGAACAACUCACUCGUGCUUGGCCGUGAGACUCUUCAGAAGAUCAAAGUUCCGAGUGGCUCAGCAUUGAAGCUUGCAGCAGCAGCAUCUCGCUUUGCUUCCACGAGAUCCGCAUUGGCGAUCAUGGAACAAGUCGCCGCUUCAGUGCAGAUGGCAGAGCCUGUCCUACUUGUCGGAGAGACAGGAAUCGGAAAGACCACUGUCAUUCAACAGCUUGCUACCUUGAUGCGUCAGAAGCUCACAGUUGUCAACUUGUCUCAACAGAGUGAGAGUACUGAUUUGCUCGGAGGUUUCAAACCUGUCAGCAUCCGUACCAUGGCUGUGCCGUUGCUUGACGAGUUCACCCAGCUGUUUGAGCUCACAUUCUCAGCAAAGAAGAACCAAAAGUUCCUUUCUUCCGUGUCUAAGUGUGUUCCUUCGGGUAAUUGGGUCCGUCUGGUCAACCUAUGGCAUGAGGCUGUGCGCUUGGCAAAUGGUGUCUUCAACCCUGCCAAGGAGACCGAGAAUGGUGAUGAGCAACCGGCCAAGAAGCGCAAGCUAGACUCUCCCAAAUAUCAAUACCUGCGGCAAAGAUGGGAAGGAUUUGAGUCUCAACUUGCCGACUUCGAAGCUCAAGUUUCGCAAGGGGACGCCAAAUUCGCCUUUGCCUUCGUCCAAGGUAAGAUUGUGAGAGCUUUGAGGAAUGGCGAAUGGGUUUUGCUCGACGAAGUCAAUUUGGCUUCUCCCGACACUCUGGAGAACAUUGCCAGUCUUCUGCAUCAUGGCAGUGAGGGCUCUCCGUCUGUUCUCCUCUCCGAAGCUGGUGACGUUGAGAGAGUCUUUGGACAUCCCGACUUCCGCAUUUUCGGUGCCAUGAACCCAGCAACCGAUGCAGGCAAACGGGACCUACCUCCUGGCUUGCGAUCUCGAUUCACUGAAAUUUACGUGCAUUCCCCGGAUACCGACUUGAACGACCUUCUCGCGCUUAUCGAAAAAUAUCUCGGUAGCUUGACUUUGAGCGACCAGCGAGCUGCACCAGACCUUGCACAGUUAUACAUGGAGGUCAAGAAGCUUAGCAACGAGAACAAGCUUACCGAUGGAGCUGGUCAACGACCGCAUUUCAGUAUUCGAACCCUUGUUCGCGCUCUCAUCUAUGUCAUCGAUCAUGCUGGCAUAUAUGGACUGCGUCGUGCGAUCUUUGAAGGCUUCAGCAUGAGUUUCUUGACAGUUCUUGGUGUAGAGUCUGAGCGAUCUUUGAUCCCACUCCUUGAGGCACACAUCUUUGGCAACGCAAAAAAUGCCAGGGCACUUCUUGGCCAGACCCCCAGGCCUCCCCAGGACGGUCACGACUAUGUCCAUUUCAAGCAUUACUGGAUGCGACGUGGUCCUCUGGUUCCCGAGGAGCAGCCUCACUACAUCAUCACGCCAUUCAUUGAGAAGAACCUGAAGAACCUUGUCCGAGCAAGCUCGACGCGGCGAUUCCCUGUUUUGCUGCAGGGUCCGACGUCUGCAGGAAAGACCAGUAUGAUUGAGUAUUUGGCCAAGGUCUCUGGCAAUAAGUUCGUUCGGAUCAACAAUCAUGAGCACACAGAUCUGCAGGAGUACCUUGGUUCUUACAUCUCUUCUGACGAUGGAAGUCUGCGAUAUCAGGAGGGUGUUCUGGUAGAAGCUUUGCGCAAUGGUUAUUGGAUCGUACUUGAUGAGCUUAAUCUUGCGCCUUCCGACGUGCUCGAGGCCAUGAACCGACUCUUGGACGAUAACCGAGAGCUGUUCAUCCCUGAGACCCAAGAAGUUGUUCACCCUCACCCUAACUUUAUGCUUUUUGCCACGCAAAACCCUGCUGGUCUUUACGGUGGUCGUAAAGUCCUGUCUCGUGCGUUCAGGAAUCGUUUCCUUGAGCUGCAUUUCGAUGAUAUUCCGGAAAGCGAGCUAGAGUACAUUCUGAAAGAACGAUCUCAGAUUGCGCCAUCUUUCUGCACCCGAAUCGUUUCGGUUUACCGCAAGCUCUCAUUGCUGCGUCAAUCCAACCGGCUUUUCGAGCAGAAGAACAGUUUUGCUACCCUUCGUGAUCUCUUCCGAUGGGCUCUUCGUGAUGCGGAUGAUCGCGAACAACUAGCAGUGAACGGUUUCAUGCUCCUUGCUGAGCGUGUCCGAAACCCUCAAGAGAAGGCUGCUGUCAAGGCUGUUAUUGAAGAAGUCAUGAAGGUCCGCCUGGAUGAAGACGUUCUUUACAGUACUGAGCAGCUGGAGAAAAGUGUUCCUCAGAUGACUGCGCUGCCAUCUGGCAUUGUCUGGACCAAGGCCAUGAGACGCCUGUUCAUUUUGGUCUCCAAGGCAUUGAAGAAUAACGAGCCAAUCCUUCUUGUCGGAGAAACCGGAUGUGGUAAAACACAACUUUGCCAGGCUGUCGCGGAGGCCUUUGGCAGAGAGCUGUUCAUUGUCAACGCCCAUGUUAAUUUGGAAACUGGUGAUCUCAUUGGUGCUCAACGACCCAUUCGAAAUCGAGCAGCGAUCGAAAAACAACUCUUAGAAGAUUUACAACUCCUUGUACACGGUCGGCAGUGUGAAUCCUCCUUCGACCAACUGAAACAGGACUUUGCGGCCCUUGAUGCACAACAACGACAAGAAAAAGACCAGGAAUUACGGCGCAAGGUGGAGAAAAAUCUCAUUCGAUGCAAUGCUCUUUUCGAGUGGUCCGAUGGAAGCCUGAUUACUGCCAUGAAGAACGGUGAAUUUUUCCUUCUUGAUGAAAUUUCUCUUGCAGACGAUUCUGUUCUCGAGAGACUCAAUAGUGUUCUUGAGCCAGCUAGAUCGAUUCUGUUGGCCGAGAAAGGCCCUGUUGAUUCCAUGGUUGUUGCUGAAGGCGGUUUCCAGUUCUUGUCAACCAUGAACCCUGGUGGUGAUUAUGGUAAACGAGAGCUUUCAGCCGCUCUUCGCAAUCAUAUCCUCCCCAUUCUUCAAAUGCGCCUGAACCUCGAACAAGAGCAAGUUGCUCGAGCGAUGCUUCAGUUUGCCAAAUGGUUCAAGACUACGUUCCAGAACACCUCGACCACUUCCCUUUCACUCCGUGAUCUCCUCGCUUGGGUUGAUUUCGUGAACACAUGCCAAACUGCGGACCCCUUCUUUGCCAUCAUCCAAGGUGCAGCCAUGGUCUUCGUUGAUACACUUGGUGCCAACCCGGCCGCUAUGCUCGCCAUCUCUCUCAACAAUCUGGACGGUAACCGUCAAAAGUGUCUUGACAAGCUGAGCGAAUUGUUCAGUGCCGAUGCCUCUAGGAUUUACUGGGAAUCAUCGAAUGUCACCCUCGAACCCGGGUUCCUUCGAGUAGGACCUUUCUCCCUUCCCACUGCCGGGGAAACCGAACCCGACCCACAGUUCACUAUGGAUGCUCCAACGACCAUCGCAAACUCCGUGCGCAUUGCUCGUGGCCUGCAGUCGUCGAAGCCUAUCCUUAUGGAAGGUAGCCCCGGUGUCGGCAAAACCACGCUGGUGACAGCCCUUGCAAAGGCUCUUGGGAAGCCCCUCACACGAAUCAACCUUUCGGAGCAGACCGAUCUUACUGACUUGUUUGGUUCCGACGUUCCGGUAGAAGGUGGAGAUGUCGGUCAAUUCACUUGGCGUGACGCUCCAUUCCUCCGAGCCAUGCAGCGUGGUGACUGGGUUCUUUUAGACGAAAUGAACUUGGCUUCACAAUCUGUUCUGGAAGGUCUCAACUCUUGUCUGGAUCAUCGCCAACAAGUCUACAUCGCCGAGCUUGACCAAACAUUCAAGCGUCAUCCCAACUUUGUCCUCUUCGCUGCGCAGAACCCGCAUCACCAAGGUGGUGGCCGAAAGGGCCUCCCAGCAUCUUUCGUCAAUCGUUUCACAGUCGUCUAUGCAGACAGUUUCACUGAUGCAGACUUGAAGAGAAUCUGCGCGAAGCUUUUCCCUGGUAGCCCUACCAUGCAGACAGAGAGACUCGUUGAUUUCAUUUCUACCUUGAACCGAGCCAUCACAACGGAGCGCCGACUUGGAGCUAUUGGCGGCCCAUGGGAAGUAAAUUUGCGUGACAUCCAGCGAUGGCUUCAGUUGGCGGAUCGAGGCGAUUUGCAGAUUCCUACCAAGCAUUUUCUGGAUGUUGUCAUUAACCAAAGAUUCAGAAGUGAAGAAGACCGAGUAGUGGUCUCGCAGAUAUAUGACCAUAUCUUUACGGACUCAGAUAUUAACCAAAAGAGCUACUUCCACAACCUUACGCCUGAGUAUCUACAGGUUGGUCUUGGAGUCUUGACCCGUGAUCCUCUCCUCCAACGCUCAGUUGAUCCAAACAUGAAGUUUCUUCCAAAAGAUCUCCACAUCCUCGAGUCGCUCAUCCUUUGUAUCGACAACUCCUGGCCGAGUAUUCUGGUUGGAGCCGCGGGAUGUGGUAAAACUACACUGAUCAGGAAGCUUGCGGCUAUUAAUGGUGCCAACCUUGAGGAGCUGGCUCUCAGUGCUGAUACCGACACCAUGGACUUGAUUGGUGGGUUUGAACAAAUUGACCACCGGAGAGAAAUCUCAUCAUUUGUCCACGACGUUGAGCUUUUCUUGCGGCAUCAGAUCGUCCACUCUUUCGCCUCAGGCGACAUCUCUGACGCUGUGGCUUCGGCUCUUUGGAUAUGCCAGCACUUCCAAAGCUCGGAAACUUCGCUGGAAACCGUAGUCUCCUCUCUGUCCGAACUCUGCCUGUCCUAUCAGGAUCCUACUUUGCAAGACUUCCUCGCUAGAUCUCAGAAGCUGUGGGAAACCAUUCGCAACACUGACAAGAUGAAGGUUGGGUUUGAGUGGACUGAGGGUGUUCUGACGCGGGCUGUUCAGAAUGGAUACUGGGUGGUUCUUGACAAUGCAAACCUUUGCAAUCCCUCCGUCUUGGACAGACUGAACUCUUUGACUGAGCCGAACGGUACUCUCAUCCUCAACGAACAGCGCACCGAAGAUGGUUCGGCUCGCAUCAUCACACCUCACCCGAAUUUCCGUAUCUUCUUGACCAUGGAUCCUCGAAACGGUGAGCUUUCUCGUGCUAUGCGAAACAGAUGUGUCGAGAUCUGUUUCAUGUCAAGCGAGGUUAAAGACAUCCCUGCCACAGUCGGACCUGCCUACACUUGCGAAUCCUCCCUUUACAGACUGCGUAAUCUCUGGGAUUUGGAGACUGUCUCGUCCACGGAUCUUCAAGACUUUGUGGACGUCUGUCUUGAUCAUCUCUCACCAGUGGACUUUUUCUAUCUCCAGAAGUCGUCUGGCACCUGUUUGCCCAGUUAUCCUAAUGCUGAAGUGAAGCAAAUUGUCCAAAAUGCCCUGCAACGUCGGUUCUCUAAUCUUCGAGAAAAUGAACAUUGGAAACCUCUCAACGCGAUUGCUGGGGGUAUUGUUAUGGGUGGAGCCUCUUUGAGUUUAAAGGGAUCACUGCAGCCAAUUCAUCGCCUGGUCAAUGAGCCGCUUUUGUCUGUUACAGGAGGCAGGGACUACCGCUCAGACAUAGUCAUUCUCGCCUACCUUGAAGAAUUCAGGCUCGACAUUCAUCGCCUUCGACAGAAGUUGGUCCAAGCCAACGAGUCUGGGUUGCAGCUUAAGCCGAGUGAGAUGACGCGCCUUGAGCGAUCGUUGGCAUCGACCCGGAUCCAAUCAUUGAUGAAAGAUUCGACGCAGCCCGUUGGCUUCUUCUUGUCUGAAUGUGGCCAGGCCAUGUACGACUACAUCCAAAGCCUGGAUGAGACGAGCCUUCGAAUCCCUGAGGUUGUGGCAGCACUUCGUACCAUCAUCUGCCUGUGCUGGGAUAUGUACCGCGCGACAAACGUCAGCCAAGUUGACGAAGGCGAAUUCCAAGUCUAUCUGCAGAUAGCAUGCAAAAGAUUUGGGACUCCUGGAGACAUAUUACCCCCCUCCACCCAAGAGCAGCUAAACUCCUUAAUCGAGCUUGAGACUACUGUCUCCGAAUUCACAUCUCUUGCCUUGCAAACACGUGUGGAGCUAUCUCAGCUGAGCCGUGUCUGGGAUUCGUUGGUUACGGCUCAGCAAUUCAUCCUCCGGGAUGGCGCCGAUGGAGAUGCUCUCAUUCAGAGUAUCAAGCAGACUGUGAGUGAGCUUGGCCAAGCUGUCCGAAGAUCUGACUCCGCCCAAUAUCCCUAUUUCUCUGAAGAAUUUGAGGCUUUGUGUCAGUACCAUGACAUUUCAUCGGGUAUGGAUCAAAAUGAAGCCGCUAUCAAAUCCGUUGUGCCCUUGCUUGCUGGUCGCCCUGCCCGCUCACUCGACUCUUCGGCCUCCAAGAGCCAAGUUCCCGAGCUCCUUCAGCGAGUUGCAUCCUUCUCCGGUACUGCGAAAGAAUCAAGCUCUCCAUUGGCAAUUGGCGGUGUUUUGUCAUUGUCAUUGUUGGAACGAUUGGCUUCGGUUGGCAACACGACUUUGGGCCAAAUGGAUAUUCUCCAGGCCGAGAAGCAGGCGCUUUCAAAGGCCCUCUCUUUGAGCAGUCAACAAAUUGCUAUGGACCAAGCUGGCAGCCUCAAACGCGUUCUUGCUACCCUCACCUUGCAGUUGAUUGCUUGUCAUAGAGAGCUCUUGGAGUCUCAAUGCGCCGAAGGACUCAUCUCUGUUCUACAGACCAUCGAAGCAGGCCAUUUCGUGGAGACGGUUCCUUCCAUCUCGUUGCGCCUUGAUCAGAGUGUUCGAGAUGGCCAUUACUUCAAAGCUUUCGCCGAACAUGCCAUCCCAACUCUCGUUCGAUUGUUGGCUUCUGCUUCUCCUAACAGCAACGAGAACAUUCAUUCUACUGGCCUCGCGGCAGUUCAGCUGGCCGUCAUUCUUUUGCGACUUUUCGUGCCCGACAAGGCCUUUGAUCCUUCCCUUGGGAUAGUAGUUCAACGCACGCGUCAUUAUCAACGUCUUGAUGAAAUCAGUGCCAAGUCGCACGCCCUUCUUGUCUUCGAGGAUUCCUUCUCCGGCCAGCCUUCAAACUUGCGCUCUGUCCUCUUGCAAGAAGAGAUCCGAGAAUUAGGAUCUGCUCCUCCUCCCUCAUCUGUGACCCGCCCUCAGAAAUCUGAGCUCGGCCUACUACAUGGCGAGUUCACAAACUUGAUCAACUCCAUUCUCAACAGGAAUCCAGACCAGAUGGUUGGAUCUGAAGAAAGGGCUUUGAGGUCCCAGGAAAUGAUUCAGCUCAUGAGAAACAAUAUCGAACAGCUCAGCAACCGCCUCAGCUCGCACUACAGAUCGUACGACGACAUCACUGUGCCCGUGGUCCGCUUCCUUCAGCUUCUUGAUGUGGGUCUUUUCUUAGUCUCCAAACAGACUGAUAAGGUCGGCGAAGCUCUUGACAUCCAGUCUUUGAGCAACCACACCCCAUUCUUGGGAGGUUCACUUCACCCUAUUCUUUCCGAAGCCGCCGUCAGCCAGCCCGCAAGCUCAACUAAUCUGGUUGAGAUGCGACUCCAUGAGCUAUCCGCUCUCUGGGCGGCCAAGGAUGCAGAUUCAUCUGUCCUUGGCCUCAGAUCGGCGCGUGAUACAAUUCGUCACGUCUUCGCUGAUUUCCAUCAUUUAUGGAAGACUAGACUCAGAGAGGACCAGGAGAAGGAAGCCGAGAAGUCCGAACUUUACCGUUUCAAGGGAUCAUGGGAGGAUGAGGAAGAAGUCAAUGAAACUGAAUUGAACGAACUCUUCCCUACUUACGAGCAGGAGAAUCUGCCUAAUGCAGAUGAGGUUGGGCGCAUCGAUCCCAAGAUGAUUGCUGUCCGCCUGGCCGCCCUUCAUGCGAAGAUUGGGACCAUGUGGUCCAACAGCAAGGGUCAUUUCGCACCAGUGCCACCGCAACACCACCUUUCGCCGGUGUUCCUACUUCUCGACGAUGUUGUAGGCGAAGAUACUCUGGAUCGAAAGAAGAACUACAACUUCUAUACCGAUUCCAAUAUCGCCGAAGCCAGAAGGCUCGUGACUUUGACCCUCUCGAUCCAAGCUCGCUUUGUCCAGAUCCAGACUGCAUGGCCCGAGCAUACUAUUCUCCACGACGUUAUCACUUGCUGCUCGGAGAUCCUCCAAUUCAAGCAUGUCGAACCCGUCGCCAAGUUUAUUACCAAGGUCGAGAAACUCUACUCCCUGGUUCAUGAAUGGCAAGUGGUGGCCAGCAGGGAGUAUUCCGCCGCACCUCUUUAUGACGAGAUCACGAACCUGAUCGUUGCUUGGCGUCGCCUCGAGCUUACAACAUGGGCGAAGCUCCUGGAUAUUGAGAAAGAGCGUUGUAUCGACGAUGUUAGUGCUUGGUGGUUUGUCGCAUAUGAAGCACUCUUCGCCGUGCCUAUCCAAAUGGCCGAGGCUGGAGAGAAAGACAUGAGCGAACACAUCCAAGGUGUCAUUUCAACUCUGGAACAGUUCUUCAACACCACCACACUCGGCCAGUUCAGCCGCCGUCUUCAGCUUGUUACUGAUUUCCAAACUAUUCUUACCGUCUUCGGUAAAGACUAUGAUUGCCUGAUGCCGCUAGUCUCCGCUCUUAAUAACUUUUUGUCUCACUACCGACCAUUUGAGCCCACUGUGGACAAGAGUUUGCAGGACAAGCGAUCGGCUUUGGAAAAGGAUAUCAAGGAACAGAUCCAGUUGGCAAGCUGGAAGGAUACCGGUAUCGUUGCCUUGAAAGAGAGUGCCAGAAGGUCCCAUGUCAAGUUGUUCAAGCUGGUUCGCAAAUAUCGCGCGGUGUUGGGCGAGUCUGUCCAGCCAAUCCUUGAACAAGGCGUUCCCGAUUCCGGGGAAAACAGUGUCUUUACAUCGGAGCCGCAGAAUCUGGCGACUAUUGUCAUUCCCGAGGCCCUCUCAGCCUGUCAGAAGAGCAGUGAUGUCUGGUCAUCGAGAGCCCUCCGUUUCCAGAACCCGGAUGGAACGGCUCGAAACAUGCAGAAUCUGUAUUCAGCUAUAUCAUCUGAGUUUGAUAUAGCCAAGGACCUUGAUGAGUUCGUUGUAUCUGUUAUUGAGACCAUGGAUGAGUUCAAGAGGUCAACUCCGAAGACCUUGACUGAGGACAACAAGGAUGACGUCCAGCACCUCAAGGUCCAGAAGCGCCGUCUCUACGCUGACACCUUGAAACAACUUUUCGAGAUGGGUGUUAAACGCAAUGCUGGAACAGCCAUCAUUGAAACGCAGGCAUCCAUCGCCCAGGUUCUGUCUACGAGUGCUGCCUUUGAGGUCGGCGCUACAGCCUCAGCCUCGAUUCGCAGUGCCGAGUCAUACUUCCAUCGAUUGCUUGACCUUCUGCCCCGCGCUCGUCUGGCAUCUCGCAACUAUUCUGAGGAGCUAAGCAAUGUUGAAGUUUCCAGGAGUAUGGGCUCGAUUGAGCAUCUACUAUUCCUGAUUCGCCGCCAGAGAGGCAUUCUUUCACCUGCACUUUCUGGUCUUGGACAUCUCAAGGCUACACUAAACAAGAUGCAGAACUUGUGGUCAAUUGGUUCGGCUUCGCUCACUAAGCUCGGCCCUUCUGCCAUCGAAGAAUGCAUCGGUCUUACCAGAGUUGUCGCAUGGCUGACCCCGAUCCUUGGACUUGCCUCCGACAUCGUUGAAGUCCAUGCUAAGUUCUCGAGUGUCAACACAUCAACAAUCCUUGAAGGGCUUAGAGCUAAGAAGACCACCUUUGAUGACUUACGCAAGUCUCUCGAGUCACUUCCUGCGCUUCCUCCCGGCAUCGCAUCCCAAUCACAACAGGAGCUUACCCAGCGAGCUCGGUCUUCUCUCGCUCAACUUAGUGUUGACCUUAGCCGGUGGGCACAGGAUCGACCAGACCUCGCUUUUGCUUUGGAUCAAGUUACGCCUUGGACUCAAGCAAGCCAAAUUGUCCUUCCGGAUCUCAGUAACACAGACAACGUCUCGAUUGAAAGCUUCGACAACAGCCUUCUGGCUGCCAUUGACAAGAUGCUUGUCGGUCUGCAACGCCUCAAGGACGUGCCUACUGGUAUUGACUUUGGUGGUCUGCUUUCACGAAGCGACGAGUUCUUCUCCCGGGCCUCGAAGGCUGUUCACCUCAGCGACAUCAACUCAUCGCUGGUGAUAGUUCUCGACCAGCUGCAGCACCUGCAAGACAACUCUGCCAAGACUCUCCCCAUUGCCGUUGCUUUGGUUGCCAGUAUCCUGCCCAUUGCUAAUACAUACUAUCUUAUCUGCCACAAUCUGGUCGACCGCUUUGUCUCGGUUCAUCGCCAAGUUUGCAAGACCUCCUACAUUUUGACAAAGACCUUUACUACGGUGGCGUCAGAAGGCCUAUGUAGCCCUGCUGAGGCAUCGCAAGAAGAGGGCAAAGAAGGCCAGAUGGAGAGUGGUACUGGUCUUGGUGAGGGUGAAGGUGCCGAAGAUAUCAGCAAAGACAUCGGAGACGACGAAGACCUUUCAGAGCUCGCUCAGCAGCAGAACAAGGAAGACACCAAAGACGAAAUGGAUGAUUCUGCCGAUGCUGUGAACAUGGACCAGGAAGAACUGGAAGGCGAGACUGGCGAGAACAAAGAUGAGGAAGAUGAGGAAGACGAAGACAAGAGCGGCGAUGAAGGAGAAGACGACAUUGACGAGGAAGUCGGCAGUGUCGAUGGUCUUGAUUCUGGUGCUGUUGACGAGAAGCUGUGGGACGGCGCCAAUGAUGACCAGCAAAAGGAGACCGAGAACGAGGAAGGAAAGGGUCAAGAAGAGGCUGAUCAGCAAGCUGCAGCCCAAGAACAACAGAAGGAGGGCGAAGAAGCUAAGAAAGGAGAGGAAGGAGAAGAGGAAGAAGAGGGUGAUGAAGAGGAUGAGGAGGAGGCCCCGGAUGAUGAAGGUGAAGCUGUUGGUCGUGAGGAUAUGGAUGUCACAGAUCCUCAGGCCAAGGAAGAGGAGACCUUGGAACUCCCCGAGGAAAUGCAGCUCGAUGGUGACGACAUGGACGGUGGUGAUGAAGGUGAAGGUGAAGAUGACGAUGGUAUGGAUGAUCUCGAUGACAUGGGUCCUCUUCCAGAAGACGAGCAGAAGGCCAACGAAAUGGACGAUCAGCCUGGUGAUGAAGAUGCGGACAUGCCGCCGGACGAGCAAGCGCCUGGCGAGGAUGACGAGAUGGCCGACGGUGAAGAUACCAACGAAGGGGAAGGAAAAGAAGAAGAAGAAGAAGAGGCCGGUGGGGAGGAUCCUGAAGAAGCUCAGCAGGACGAAUUCCUUGCUAAGCGCGAUGACAACGAAGAAGCUGGUGAAGAUGUUGCCCCUAGCGAAGCAGUCACCGGUGGCCUUGGUGCCGACCAGGACCAGAACGAUGACAAGGGUGCCUCGGGUGACGCACAACAGGAGAGUGGUGAGAACGACCCGACUGCCAGCGCCGAGCAACAGACCGGUGCUGCCGAGGACAGUGAAGAAAGCAAACGGAGUCGCGACCAUGGCGGUGCCGAGGAUUCAGCUCCCAACGAUCCUCAGAUCCAAGCAUUCAAGAAACUCGGGGAUAUCCUCGAGGAAUGGCACCGUCGCCAGAAGGAGGUGCUGAACCCGUCAGAAGAGGAUGAGGAGUCGCAGCCUCUACCCCAAGACACUGAUAUGGCGGAUGCCGACUUCGAGCACCUGAAGGAUGAUGACGACCAGGCAGAUACUCAAGCUCUGGGACAAGCCAACGAGGACCAAGCUCAGGGUCUCGACCAGAACAAGGGUGUUGAAUCCGAGAACCAGCCGGGAGAGAACACUCUGCCAGAUGUCACAGAUGACAACCAAGAGGCUUUAGAUAACCAGCUCCACGACGAGAUGGAGCUGGAUCGAGAUAACCUGCCCACUGAUGGCCAAUCUGGAACUUUCAUUCCUGGAAAUCACAUGUCUCGCGACAAUGCAGAGGGCGCCCUGGGCACCGAAGAUGUCAAUGAUGAAUUAGAUGAAGUCGAUUCGCAACUCGCGGCCAUCCAUCUCUCGUCUACGCUCCCACCUCUGACCCCAGAGCCCGAAGCUCGCCGUCUCUGGUCUCGCUACGAAUCUGCUACGAACGACCUGUCUCUGUCUCUUACUGAACAGCUCCGUCUCAUUCUCGCGCCCACCCUCGCAACCAAGCUUCGCGGCGAUUUCCGCACGGGCAAGCGCCUGAACAUCAAGCGCAUCAUCCCCUACAUCGCUUCACAGUACAAGCGUGACAAGAUUUGGAUGCGUCGUUCCAUUCCCUCUAAGCGCAACUACCAGAUCAUGCUUGCCGUCGACGACAGCAAGUCCAUGCUUGAAAGCGGCAGUGGCCAACUUGCUUUUGAGACUCUAGCCUUGGUUGCUAAGAGUCUUAGCAUGCUCGAGGUCGGAGACCUUUGUGUCCUCGGGUUCGGUGAUGAAGACCAUGUCCGCGUGGCCCAUGAGUUUGGCAAGCCGUUCUCCUCCGAGGCAGGCAUGCAGGUCUUCCAGCACUUCAGUUACCAGCAAACCGGCACCAAUGUGCGGAAGCUGAUUGCUGACUCUAUCGCUCUCUUCCGUGAAGCGCGCUGGAAGCGAUCCCCCGGGUCUGGUUCCGCAGACCUGUGGCAGCUCGAGUUGAUUAUUUCCGAUGGUAUCUGUGAGGACCACGAUACCAUCCGACGUCUCGUGCGCCAGGCUCUCGAAGAGCGCAUUAUGAUCGUCUUCGUCAUUGUCGAUGCUGUGAAGAGCAGCUCCAUUCUCGACCUUUCGCAGGCUAGCUUCGAGGCUGAUCCUGACUCCAAUGGUGAGAUGAAGCUGAAGAUGAAGCGCUAUCUUGAAGGUUUCCCCUUCCCUUACUACCUUGUUGUUCGUGACGUCCGUGAGUUGCCGGCUGUCCUGGCUACUGCGCUGAAACAGUGGUUCGCUGAGGUGGUGGAUGUCUCUUCUUGA